CUGUGCCCUGCCUAAAAGUCUGAAAGACUGAAACAAACGUUACCACCUGAACGGGAUAAAAACUUCACGGUAAACAGUGGCUUGCAAGUAGCUGUAACUGCUGAACGAUAUUUUCGAAGGAAUUAUAAAAGAUCAGUUGUGAAUAUUGGCUGCAGGUUUUCAAUAUAUGUGAAUCACAAUGGAAACUGUAAAGAAUUUCGUAAAGAGAAUGGUUCCUAGUUUCUUUCCGGCUGCUGCUGUAUUGAAACCUUUGCCAGCUUCAGCUGAAGAUUUUAAGGCCGAACUGAGAUCAUUUCAAAACCUUGAUCGGGACGCCGACCCACCACCUAGAGCAAAACUUUAUCACUGCUUGCUAUCAAGUGUAAACAUCAAACGUCCAUUUAAUUCUACGAUGAUUUUGGUGGUAGGAAGUACUGGGGUUGGAAAGUCAUCUACGAUAAACCAUUUACUUGAUACAGGAGAAGGAAUCCCUGUUGCGCUCACCAGUAGUUCUGAGUCCGAAACUAAAGCGACCAGCGAAUACAUUCUUACCACUGACGACUCAAAUUACGAAGUUUGCGAUUUAAAAAUGGGUAUCAUAGAUACACCAGGUUUAAACGAUACUGCUGGUGUGAAGCAAGAUGCUUGUAAUUUUGUUUCGAUAAAAAGAUUUUUCGAAACACAUCCAGGCUUACCUGAGCAGUCUAUUUAUCCUAAUCUUGUAUUUUUGGUGGUGAACGUGAAUGAUACCCGGGUCAAGGGUGAGAAUAGCAAUCUUUCCAAAUGUCUUAGAGGGAUUAAAUUGCUUGAAGUGGUUGACACAAGACAUCCAAAUCUUGUUGUGGUUGUAACACAUUGCUGUUCUGUUGGUUACAAGAAUUUGAGUAAUUGGAGAGACAAGAUAAUAGAAAAGAAAGAUGCAAUUUCGUCUACCGUGUUUGAAGUGCUUGGCGUCUUAGCACCUGUCGUCUUGAUAGAAAAUGAUUUUGAAAGCUAUGAUCUUAAGAAGACAGGUGAUUUUACAAUUCUUCCUAAUGGCGAGAGACAGCCUAAGAAUUUAUACGACGCCUGUGCCGAGCUGCUUCAUAGAAAUAAGGAUAAUUUUGGCCUGUUGGUGUUUAAUUCUUGUUUCACAAGAGCAAAAAAGGAUAGGCCAACAGAAGGUCAUAAAGUUGAGGCGAAACAUUCUAAAAGUGAAGAAUUAUCUGAUGAAGAGGAAGAAUUUGCAAAUGCUUUUAGCGACGCUGCAAAAGGAGGUUUGAAUCCAAUGGCGAUUUAUGUGAUGGAAUAUGUUAAAGAAAACAAACUCGACAAAACACAAGAGGAGAAAGUUUUAAAACUGGGGACCUGGAUGAACUCUAUGGGUUUGUCAAAGGAAGAGAAAUUACAGUCUGUAACAUUGACAGCAAUAAAUUGUCUUUAUGACGGGGAGAUUACUGACCAUUGUAUCGAAAUGCUGAAGCAGAAAUUUGGAAUUAAAAAUGGAAGUAAUUCAUAUACUUCAGCUGAACUGGUUGGCCGAGGAUAUAAUAUCUUAUUAGACAAAACCGUCUCCGCUGAUAUUUUCAAGUUUUCGGCUGACAGUGUAAAACGAACGAAAUAUGGUUUUGUUGUCCCGGCUUGUGCUCAAAUCAUCAAUGCCAAUGAUACCCAGGAAUUUCAAAUGAACUUUCAGUCCGAUAAAUUGUGCGUGGAAAACAGAUUGAAAAAUCUCGGUUUAAGCCUGGAUUUUGUACAGGGCAUGUUAAGAAUGGCGCCCAAGCUCAGCGCGAGUGCAAAUCAGAAGGAAAAUGGCAGUAGCAAGUCUACGAGGACCACCAAUAUUUCAUUAAAAGAACAUCGAAUUGCUAAGAUUCGUAUUGGAAAUUUUGAGUCCCAGGAGAUCUCCUUCACAUAUGAUUUUGUCUCUGCUGUUGAAAAAUUACCUGACCAAUACACAGACGACGAAAAAUGCAAGGACGAUUUUAUGAACUUUUUCAAUCGUUUCGGUCAUUUCGUGGUCACUUCAGCUUAUGUUGGCGGAGCAGUUGAGGUAAAAACGUGCACUGAAGGUUUAGAAUCAUCGAUACAAGGCGAUGACUCAAUAGAUGGAUCAGUUGGUGCGGAUCUAAGUGGAGUUAUCGGAGCUAAAGUGGGUCCCAAGUACCAAGUAUCGACAGAGAGUGCAAAGAAUACUAUCUUGGAUAAAACCGAAACACGGUGGUAUGGAGGUCGGAGUGACCUGCAUAAAAAAAGCACACUACUCUCUGAAGAGGACUUCCAAGAGUGGAAACUGUCCCUGUCCAAAGAGCCAGCGAUGUUGACUACUGAAAUGACUCUGGAGUACAUUUCUACUGUGGUCGCCAUCAUUGAUAAGAAGAAAGGAGAAGUUUGCAAACAAGCACUGCGUAGUCUUUUUGAUGAUAAAGAUCUACAACCUGUUCGUGAUCAAAAAGAGAGAUAUCAUUUGGAGGAAAGAAAGAAGAAAGAUAAAGACGAUGAAGAGCAACGUAGAAAAGAAUCAAACACGAGAGAAGAAUCAAUAAAGCAGCCUGAUACUAAGGGAUGGUGGGAAACCAUCACAGGAAAUGUUUACGCAAUUGGUGCAGGAGUUCUUGUGGUAUUAGGUGUUGGUGUUGUGGCUAUAUUCUUAAACCACUGAAAUUACCAUAUAUGCACGUAAAGGACAUGUAGUAUUGUUAGUCACUACCGUAUGAGGCAUGUAUAGUAGCUCGUAUGCAAAUAUUGUUGUAUGUAGGUAAUUUACAUAUCAACUUAGUUUUAGCUAUUUUAGUUUUUAGCUCUAGUUAAUAAAU